AUGGAUAACAUGACAGGCAACCGAACAGAGAAGCAACAGCAACCACCAGACAGCGACGAGGAUCAAGACUUCUGCCAGAAACCAAUCUUCUAUCAAAAUCUUACCUUUGAGACUGAACUCCCAUCUCCAUCAGUGCCGGUCGAUGAAAUCGCCAGCAUCCCUCCUCCGCCCAACUUGACCAAGCUGGACUUCCCGUACGACUGGUCUCCAACACACAAAGCGUUCAUCACAGGCGUCUCAUGUAUAUCGACGCUGUUCUCUUCAUUUGCUGCUAGCUGCUACAGCCCUGGAGUAACACACAUGACAGCAGAGUGGCAUGUGAGCCAAGUGGCAGUUCUCGUUGGCAUCACCACCUUCACUUCUGGCUUCGCGGUUGGGCCAAUGUUUCUCGCACCCUUUUCCGAGAUCAAUGGCAGGAAGCCGGUGUUUGUGGCUACAGCGAUAUUGUUUGCGGUCUGUCAGUUGUGCUGCUCAGUAACCAGGUCGUUUCCAGGAAUGUUAGUUGCUCGGUUCUUCGCUGGCGUAGGUGGUUCUACCUUCUCGACAAUGGUAGGAGGAAUCGUUUCAGAUAUCUACCUCGCUCGCGAUCGAAACACUCCCAUGGCACUCUUCUCUUGGGCUGCUCUGUUCGGAACUGGAUUGGGUCCAUUGGUAUGCGGCUUCAUUGCAGAAUAUACAACAUGGCGCUGGAUAUUCUAUGUGCAGAUAAUCACUGGAGGGAUGAUUUCCCUGGCUGUCAUCCUCUUCUUCAGGGAAACUCGCGCACCUGUUGUUCUCCGGGCGAGAGCAGAGAGACUCAACAAGUGGUAUGAGGAGCUUGAGUCCAAAGGAUACUACGGUGUGAAUUGGGCACAGCAAGACGUGGAAAACAAAGUACCAGAAGGCACUAUUGCACCUGAGAAACAGGUCAUUCGCCUCCGGUGGAAGAUAGCAGCAGACGAAGAACGAGCAAAUCUGAGCACGAUGCUUCGGACCUCCCUCCUUCGACCCUUUCAACUGCUCUUCACUGAGCCAGUAGUGUUUUUCUUUGCUUUAUGGGCUGCUUUUGCCUGGUCAGUGCUGUAUAUCAACCUGUCCGUGAUUCCGCUGGUCUUCGAGAGCGCCUAUGGCUUCUCUCUAUCUAAAUCCGAUGCUAUAUUCACGGCUUCCUGCACAGGUAGCACCCUAGCCUUGUUCAUUUCCAUCUAUCAGGAACACCUCGCAAGCACGAAAUGGCAAAAAGGAAAAUGGAACUCGGUCCCCGAACAUCGACUGUAUUUUAGCUGUUUGGAAGGCAUUUGUCUCCCCAUCGGGCUCUUCCUAUUCGGAUGGUCGUCGCAUUACCAAGUACACUGGGUUGUUCCCGCGAUAGCGCUGGGGAUCGCAACCCUAGGCAUUUUCUCAAUCUACCUGGCCGUGUUCAAUUAUCUCACCGAUACCUACCAUCGGUACGCCAGUUCAGCACUCGCGGCUCAGAGUUUCUGUCGGAAUAUGCUAGGGGGUAUCUUUCCGCUAGUUUCGACGCAGAUGUUUGAUAAUCUUUCCUUUGGACCUGCGGCCAGUCUUCUAGGUGGGAUUGCAACUGCUUUGGCGCUGGUGCCGUGGGUUUUGGUCUUUUUUGGGCCUCAAAUCAGGGCGAAGAGUAAGCUGGCGAAAGAGAUUAUGGAUUGA